UCAAUGCUGCAGAAAUACAGUUUUCUGAUGCUGCCUUCGAAGCUGCGUUUUUCGUUCGUUUUAUGGGGUGCAAUAUUGUUCGGUUUCAGUGGAGUACAGUCACGUGAACGCUGUCCACACGAAAGCGGUCGCGUGAUUGGCUACGGUCGCCCUCACGUGAAUACGGACAAAUGCUAUGUGUUGAUGACAAUCGAUCAACCGGGUUUCGGCGCCCACACCGUGGAAGAAGCCCACGAGAACUGCCGAAGAAACUUUAAAUCCGGCGCGUUAGCCCUCAUCGAAAGGCGUCACAUGCCAUCGGCGUCGUUUUGGAAAAACGAAACGAUCUAUAGGAUACUAAAUGCAUUUGAAGUCACCAACGUCGAGUUUCGUAAGUUAACGGUAAACAAGAAGCCAACGGACAAAACCCGCGAUUGGGAUUACGCUGCAAGCUUCCCUGGGCGUCCCGAACUGAAGGGCGUUGCGAAGAUGAAGACAAAUUUUGACAUUAUGUGGAACGGGAAGACCGACCUCGGCUACGCAUCGACCCUGUUGAUGCUUUCCAGGGGUUAUGAAGGUCCCUACUGCUCGUACUUCCUAAAGACCAGCGAAAAAGUUCCGCGUUACAGCGAACCAAGGUUGUUUAACUGUCGAAGUCCAACGUUCAAAUGGAACGCGUACAUAUGCGAAUCCGAUCGAUACGCCGACUGCGUGUAUGAGCUUGACCGUUUUCCAAAAUGUGAGGAGGCGCCGUAUGGGAAGUGCGCAGUUCGCCGGGGUCCUGACUACAGUCAGUCUUGCAUCUGCGAAAACUGGGACGGGUGUUCGUUGACCAACUGGGGUGAAUGGAGCGCCUAUGACUCAGUGUGUGGCGUCGCCUCUCGCAUAAGGUACAAACCUCCGGUGGAGGCCCCCGAUCAAACAUGCGAGUCGGAUGACACGCUCUGUUGCUCUGAAAAAGAGAGAGUGAUGCUGUCGCCUUGUCCGUGCUUGAAGAAUAAUAUUCGUUGCAUGAACGGGGGCACGUGCAUCGACGAAGGAGUCGACGACUGGCACUGUAGCUGUGUUGAGGGGUACUUUGGCGUGCUGUGCGAGAAAGCUGAAAAAGUGGUUGCUUUAUCCUAUGCACUGUGUAUCGAAGAAGAUGGCAGUGGAGAAAGAAACUGCGAAAAAGAAAACGAGCACACGAAGGUUUAA